GGGUCCCCAGAAGUCAUGGAGGUCCUGGUCCUGGCCAGAUACCGUGCGCAGACGCAGGACGAGCUGAGCCUGACGCCGGGGGACGUGGUCCGGCAGGUUCGCGCAGGGGCUGCCCGGGGCUGGCUGCAUGGGGAGCUGCGGGGCCACCGCGGUGUCUUUCCCAAGAGUCUGGUGCAGGAGAUUCCCGAGGCCCUGCGGGGCAUCACUGAGCCCAGACCGCGCUAUGCGCGCCGCCGCGGUCAAUCCGUCAACUCUCGGGGCCCCCAAAGAUGGUGCAAAGUGAACUUCAACUACAAUCCAGAGCAGGCAGACGAGCUGAAGCUUCAAAUUGGGGAGAUUGUGGAAGUGAUAAAGGAGAUUGAGGACGGCUGGUGGCUGGGGAAGAAGAACGGGCAGUUGGGAGCCUUCCCAUCCAACUUUGUGGAAUUGCUGGACAGUGGGCCCCCAAGCCUUGGAAACACAGACAUGCCUUCAAUCAUUCCUAAUCCACCGAGGCCUCCUAAGCUGAGCAACUUGACCUAUGACAGCCCUCCAGACUACCUGCGGACAGUCUCCUGCCCUGAGACCUGCAGGGUCCUGUUUGACUACCAGCCUGAGGCCCCGGAUGAGUUGGCGCUGCACAAGGGGGACCUGGUGAAAGUUCUGAGAAAGACAACAGCGGAUAAGGGCUGGUGGGAAGGAGAGUGCCAAGGCCGACGAGGGGUGUUUCCAGACAACUUUGUACUACCACCACCCCCGAUCAGGAAGCUGAUCCCACGGAAAAUUAUAACUCGGGAGUCAGCCCCUAUUAAGGAACCGAAAAAGCUGAUGCCCAAAACAUCCUUACCCUCUGUCAAGAGGGUGGCAGCCGCCGCCUCGGCACCUAACAAAACCAAGAUAUCUACGCCCAGUGGGGACAGCCAGAAAUGCCCUUCCCGAGACACUGGCUUCAAUGGCAGCUUCCUCAAUGGGGGACCCAGGCAACCAGGGAGAAAGCGAUCCAGAACCCAGGCUUCCCAACAACAUUCUGUAUUCAAUCAGGAGGAUGACCAGAGAAGCCCAGGAAAGGCCUCCUCCACAAAUAAAACCCGCACUCCAGAUAAUAAGACCCUUGGCCCAGAGAAGAUCCUGGCUCCCAACAAAGUCUCCACUCCAGAGAACCCCGUUCCAGAGAAAGCCCUGAAUUCUGACAAAAUUCCCACUGCAGAGAAUACCACCGUAGACAAGGCUGCCAGUACAGGGCGUGCCCUUUCUGUGGAUGAGGCCCCUGCCCUAGAAGCCCCAGCUAAGGAUGAAACCAUUGACCCGAAGGUGGCCCUUCAUGCGGACAGUACCCCUGCACUGGUAAAGAUCUUGACCCCGGAGCACAUGCUUUUUGAAGAGGACCCUUCUAGGAACAACGCUCAGUGCCAACAUUUGCCUCAAGAAGAAACCACACAGGGGUCCGAGUCACUUGCACCUCCAAAUGACAUCCAGGUGCCAGGAGAGCACCCUCAACGGUCUAACACCUCAGUGAGAUGCUGCUGUAUGAUCCAACACGGUGACAGUUCCCUAGCCCACUCCAGGGCUAAGGAUGAGUCUGCCGUGGAGGAAGCCACCUCUCCUGAGGGACUACCAGGCAAAGAUGAAACAACCCCGAAAGAGGCACUCCCCAAAGAAGAGCCGCCUUCUGAAGGGGUGGGUCCCCAAAAGCAGAUGCCUCCGAAAGAGUCAGUCCCCAUUCCCCAAGUGCCACAUAUUAUCAAGCAGAUUCCGGACCCUGAAGAAGCUCCCACACUUCAUCCUGUGGUCCCACUAACUUCUUCCAAAAGCCAGAAUGACGAAACGGAUGUAGCAUCGUUAAAGAAAGAGGUGGGGUCGCUAAAGAACGCGCUGGAGCGUCUGGAGUUGAAGAUGGAACAGAAGUUGAGUGAUGUCUGGGAGGAACUGAAGACCGAGAGAGAGAAGCUCCAGUCGCUGGAGGUUCAGACGACGCAGAGGACCCCGAAGUCCUUCAAACACGCGCAGACACAGACAGAAUGAGGGCGGGCUCAGGCAGAACCUCAGCCCGACCUGGAGGGGACGUCCAUCCUGCUCGGGCCACCCCUGUCCUUGCACAAAGCUUUGAGAAACUCCAAGGAAGUAAAAACUCUGAACUCUUA